AUGAAGAAUGCCUGGGAAGAGAAGGUUGAAAACCCGUCGCCGCCACCUGAAGAGGAGGUCCUCCGCAUCCUUGUCGAAGCAAACGUCCGAGGCCUUCCACAGCUUCAUGAAUCGUGUCGUUCGACUGCGGAAGGCAGUAACAAUGUGAAGGCGUCCAGCGACGAAAUGGAGGUGUUGACUGGCAAGCUCCCUCCGAAUUGUGAGAACGCACUCGCGGCAGUAACGAAUCGAGCGAUAAAGGUGAUUGAACCCAGCUUCGUAUCCAGUUGCACUUCAAAAUCCAAUCCGCCCGGCGUAUUUGUAGGCAUUGCGGGCGAGGAAAUCCUUCGCCAAGCCCAAGCGCAGGGAGAAGAUUUUAAUGAAUGCAUCGGGGUGCGCAGACGGUAUAUCCGCCUUGUCGUCUCCUAUUGCCAACCAUUGAAGGAGGCGAUGCGCAAUGCCCACCCGAAAGAACUCAUGCGAACAGUCUGCGACGCUAUGAUCGUUUAUUAUGACGCGUACAAACGUCCUGAGCAUGGCUUCCUUCAUGGUGAUAUUUCGAUUGAGAAUAUCAUGGUUCCGGUGAAAGAGACUCAACUUACUGGCGGCCUUACCCACAAGACACUGCGCGGUACUCUCAUUGACUGGAAUCUAUGUUUUACCACCGACGGGAGAGCAUCCAGUAGAAACAUUCGAAGUGGCACUUUUGCAUUCAUGGCGCCGUGUCUUCUGGAUGAAUCAGUCGCUCGAAGAACAUUGGGACAUGAUAUGGAGUCGUUCUUUGCAGUCAUGCUUUGGGUCGCAUCACCCGACUAUGACGAUGAAAUCGCCUUUCAAAAUAAGCCUCUAGUCGAGCUUAUGACCGAUAAUAAGUCCUCUACCAAAGCUAUUGCAAAUUGUAAAUUGUAUUGGUUCGAGAAUCCAGAGGCUUUCGACAAGUUGAUAAUUGAUCACUUUGAAGAGCCAUAUCGCGAAGAUGACGACUUUAUCGAUUGCAUAUGGGACCUUCAGACCAUCUUAUACGAGCGGACCUACGACAAAAAUGCAUUGAGGCAUAGUGGAAAGGGGCCAACGAAUCCCCAGAAGAAUAAUGAUGAUGAUGAUGACCCAAUGAAGGAGCGCUUGUUCAAAGACUGCAUAGCGGUUUUUGAUAAGCACCUCGGCGACGAAGGGAAACAAAGUGGCAGUUACCAGUUGGACAAGAUCGAUGCCGGGGAAGACCCAGAAAAAUCGGAAGACGAGUCCGAUGAUACAAGCUUGGAUGAUUAG